GGUGGAGAGAAGUGUGUGAUCCAACGUCUUUGUUAUAUAAAACCAAACCUAUUAAUUCGCAACAGACAUUGACUCAAAAAGAGAUAAAAGACUUAAAAGAGAGGCUAGUGAGUGAGCAAGCGUAGGUUUAACGUUUGUGACUCAGAGGAGGAGAUGGAACCGACGACGCCGCUUCUUGAGCACGGUGGUGGCGAUACGGUAGAUGAAGAUUACUCGCCCGCGAGGACGUUGAGCGACGUGAAGCGAGUCUUUUCUAUGGAGUCGGCCAAGUUGUGGAAGAUCGCUGCUCCGAUAGGUUUUAACAUCAUCUGCCAGUACGGUGUUACCUCCUUCACCAACAUCUUCGUCGGUCACAUCGGCGAGAUAGAGCUCUCCGCCGUCUCCAUCUCUCUCUCCGUCAUCGGCACCUUCUCCUUCGGCUUCUUGCUUGGCAUGGGAAGUGCACUUGAAACACUCUGUGGCCAAGCCUUUGGAGCUGGUCAAGUCAACAUGUUAGGCGUCUACAUGCAAAGAUCAUGGAUCAUCUUAUUCGUUUCAUGCAUCUUCCUCCUUCCUAUCUACGUCUUCGCCACACCGGUCUUGAGACUUCUCGGUCAAGCAGAGGAGAUAGCUGUAGCAGCUGGAGAGUUCACUCUUCUAACUAUCCCUCAGCUCUUCUCGAUGGCCUUCACUUUCCCUACCUCCAAGUUCCUUCAAGCGCAGAGCAAAGUCAUCGCCAUUGCUUGGAUUGGUUUCGUUGCUCUUAUCAUGCACGUUGCUAUGCUCUGGCUGUUCAUAGUUGUGUUUGGUUGGGGAACAAACGGUGCCGCUUUGGCGUUUAGUAUUACGAACUGGGGAACAGCGAUCUCUCAGAUUGUUUAUGUGAUUGGUUGGUGUAAUGAAGGGUGGACUGGCUUGACUUGGUUGGCUUUUAAAGAGAUUUGGGCUUUUGUAAGGCUCUCUAUUGCGUCUGCUGUUAUGCUUUGUCUUGAGCUUUGGUAUAUGAUGAGUAUCAUUGUCCUAACUGGUCGUCUUGACAACGCUGUCAUCGCUGUUGAUUCCCUUUCUAUAUGCAUGAAUGUUAAUGGUGUGGAGGCUAUGUUGUUCAUUGGAAUAAACGCUGCUAUAAGUGUCCGUGUCUCUAAUGAGCUUGGGUUAGGCCGUCCACGAGCAGCUAAAUACUCUGUCUAUGUAACGGUGUUCCAGUCUCUCCUCAUUGGUCUUGUCUUUAUGGUGGCUAUCAUCAUAGCCAGAGACCAUUUUGCUAUCAUCUUCACAAGCAGCGAAGUACUAAAACGGGCAGUGUCUAAGCUAGCUUAUCUUCUUGGUAUAACCAUGGUUCUCAACAGCGUGCAGCCAGUUAUUUCCGGUGUGGCUAUUGGAGGUGGUUGGCAAGGCUUAGUGGCUUAUAUCAACUUGGGUUGUUACUACAUUUUUGGCCUUCCCUUUGGGUAUCUUCUUGGUUACAAAGCAAACUUGGGAGUGAUGGGACUUUGGGGUGGAAUGAUAGCAGGAACAGCGCUUCAAACGUUGUUACUGAUAGUUGUUCUGUACAAGACAAACUGGAAUAAAGAGGUGGAGGAGACAAUGGAACGUAUGAAGAAGUGGGGAGGGAGUGAAACAAAGGAUUUAAUUGCAUGAUUUGUGGUUUCUCUUUUGUUUAGCUUUGAAAAUGAAUGAAUAUGUAGCUCUAAGGCUUUUUUUGUUUGUGUUCUCUCAUUGGUUUGGUACCACCAGUAGAAACUUUAUUAGGCUCUAGGAAACUGCUCGACCAGUGAAGUAACAAACGGUACUUUUGUUAUUUUCUUCCAAAAGAAAAGAUAAAUGCAACUGAAACCUACCAAAUGUCAGGUA